CUUGACAAUGUUCUUUUCCCUUUUUUGGGGGGUUCUCAGAAACAAGGAUCAAACUUUGCUGCAAAGGAUUGGUGUGAGGAGGCAGAUGACUGGGGAGUCAGUGAUGCUGCAGAGCCUCCUGCAUGUGCCUCCCUGCUGGGCUUAGGUGAGGCAGUGAGCAGCUCCUUGUCCAGAGAGCUGGACUGUGCAUCCCAGCUCCAACAGCUUCGCUUGGCUGAGGCUGCAGAGGGCUCAGGUUCCCAGGACACACAUCCUGCAGCCAGUGAGGAAAUGGUCAUGGAAACACCUGGUCCUGCUCCUGUCUUCCAACCCUUUUAUAUUAAUGUGGUGGAUGAGGAAGACUGCAGUGGCUUCCUGGAUACAGACCAUGCAGAUGAGCUGCUGAAGGAGUAUCAGCAGAGAGAGGGGCUUGAUUUGGAACAGAUGAUGUCAGAAAGCUUUGCAGGUGAAGGUGGUAAUGAAAAAUAUGAGAAGAGUGAAAUCAAAAGCUGGGACCACACGUUUCAUAAAUUUAUGAAAAGAAUAUCUCUGUGUCCUGAACAGAUUCUAAGAUACUCCUGGGGUGGGCAGCCUUUGUUCAUCACGUGUCCUCCAGCCAACAUCAGCCAGGGCGUUCCAGCCUGCAGCACCUGUGGGAGCAGCAGAGUGUUUGAGUUGCAGCUGAUGCCAGCCCUGGUCAGCCUGCUCCAGAGUGACUCAGAUCUAUCAGUGGAAUUUGGAACUGUUAUAGUUUACACAUGUGAGAGAAGCUGUUGGCCAACAAAUCACCAAACACCUCUUGAAGAAUUUAUUUUUGUACAAGAAGACCCAGAUCAGAAAUUAUUUAAAUAAAUUGUAUUUCUCUACAUAGAUGAAAA